UUAAUUCCCCUGUAAUAAUGCUGAUAGUAUUAUCAACAAUAGACAUGAAAAAAUAAACAUUUUCCAUUUUAAGCCUUCAACUUUGUUGGAUUAUCUGACUUGGCCUGUUUCUUGGUAAAGUAAACACUCCACAGUUCUUCUCAACUUAUGAGUCUUGACAAUUAAAAAUAUCUAAUUCAACAGUGCUUAGUGUAACCCUGUAAUCUAAUGUCUUUUAGGGUACAUUUUUCUAUCGUUACCAAAGAAGCUAGAAAUUUGUUCAUGCCAAUGCUCCUAAUGCCGAGUUCUCGUCAGCUGUAAACAAUUUUAACUCAGUGUUACUCAGUGAAAAGAUAAAAACUGGAGACUACCUGACAUCUACAACUGAAUGUAAGCGCCUCUCCUCAACUAUGGCUCACUGCUGAACCUCGCUGACAGUUCAAACCUCUGGUCUAAGCAAACAGGACAGAGAAGAGAACUGCACCUUCCCACCUCCAAGCCAUGGUUAAACCUUAGUCUCUGAAGCAACCAGUGCCCUGUUCUGUCUGUGGACGACUGGACACCCAGUCACUCUGAGGACUAGUUUGUUAUUCCCACAAUAGGAGAUGAGUUACCUUGUCAAGUUAGGACAGCAGAGUCUGCCACAGACUGUAACCCCACCUUUCCAGAGUGUACCUCAAAAACCCAUCUUAACCCAUACUAAAGUCUCACUUAAUGAAAAAAAAAAGAAAAAAGAAAAAAAGAAAAACAACUCUGCAGGCUGAAAGCUGCUGCUUCAUUUUUGCCAGUGAAUCAGUAGAAGUUUUAGUCUCGGUACGACAUCUGGUGGUUUGGUGUGUAAUUGCAGCAGGAUGUCAGACUGGGGCUUAGGGAAACGAUUUUAUCAUCAUCAUCAUCAUUCUGUCUGAUGAAUCUGUUGGUAUGGAUCUUAUACUAAGCAGUAAUAAAAGUUUUAGAAUCAUGGAUGCUGCCGCUGUGAACAAGGUUUUAAGGGCAAGAUGACAAGUGAUUAUCACACCUGUUAGCAUACUAUGUUGUCAAAUAACUAUGCAGUUGUCAAAGAAAACUAAAGAAAGCAAUUUCACAAAAAGUAAUAUAAAGAGGUAGAUAAGGCAUUUUACUCAAUCAGAAUAAUUGAAACUAGUGCUAAGCUGUAAGAUACAGUUUAAACCCUCUUUUAUUUUUCCAUGGUGUGAAAUCACAAGGAAGAAAAUGGAUAAAAUAACCACCUGUAUCAAAAUCAUGAUCAGUACUGUCAUUAUCAUUAAGAUCAAUGUUUCACUGGUCUCGGUAUCUGCACAACAAACAGAAACAGGGACUAUUUUCCAUUACUGGGUGUGUCCAUUUGCAGGAAUGAAACAGCUUUCAUAUCAAGUGAAAGUGAAAGAAAAGCACCUCAGACACGCCAUUCACUCAGGAAGGCGAUGUAUGGAGAAGUGCCACACUAGCUAAAAGUUCUCUUUUAGUUCAGGUUUGUCAGUAAAAUGGAUGAGUACCCACACCCAUUGUUCUUUGAAGCGAAAGAGCUGACAGACAGAGAGAAGGAGAAGAUCAGGAGACACUUUCAGAAAAAAAGGGACUCUGGAGGAGGUGACUGUGGAACGAUUGAAAAUGUUGAAGGCAAUAUCUAUAGAAUCAGCUUCAGGGAAAAAGAAGACCAGGAAAGGGUUUUGCAGAGGAAAUUUCACACCAUCUCACUUCCCGGUGGUGAACUACAUCUGACUGUGAGCCGAACCAAUUCAACACAGACCCCCGAUAUGUCACAGACGCAGACCUUUACAAAAGAAAACACAAAAUGCCUUGAGAAGAUUUUCAAGAUGGAAGUUUACCUCAUGUAUUACCUGAGAGACAACCCUAAAGCAUAUAAAAUAUUAGAGAAACAACUCUCUGCUAUCUGCUGCACCUUGGCAUUAAAUUUUGAUGACGAGGAGGCAGUGGUCAGGGGCGAUAUUGAGAAGGGGCCAGGAGGAGCUUUUGGUGCUGCAGAGAAAUGGGAGAUACAGGUGGAUCGGGUCUUCAUCGGUCUCACUGAGGGCUACUCCUGCUAUCAUGUUUUCGAGCCAAAAGAAAUCAAAAUGUUAGAGCAGGGCUUCUCUUCUGAGAACGAUAAUAUCAAAGUGUACAAAGAGAUUGGCUAUUCUGUGAUUGUGGGGGAAACUGCGGCUGUGAAGGAGAGGAUUGAAAUCCUGAAAAGGAAACUGCCAACCCGGAGGGAGCUGCCAGUUGUGGAGAAGAAGUUCAAACUGGUAGAAGAGAUUUUCAGUCAAGGAAUGAGUGUACAUUACCCAGAGGUUAAAAUCCACAGAGCUAAUAACAUGAUCAUCAUGGAGGGACCUGAUAAGCAGGUGCAGUCAGGAGCUAUAAAACUUGAUGAACUUAUGAAAAAGAUAUUGGAAAAGAGAAUAAAUCUCCCUAAAGAUUUAAUAACCUUCAUAACGAUCAGCAGUGCCAUCUCCAAGUACCAAGCUCGCUUCCAGCAUAGCCUCAGAAGUCCCGUUUCCCUGGAGGUGGAAUCAGAAUCAGACCUGGUUCUGUCCAGUUUGUCCUCUGCUGCCCUGGACGAGGCUGAAGCAGCGGUGAUGAGAGACCUGACUGAUGAAACUGUGAAGCUGCAGGACACGGCAGCUGUACCCCUAUAUCUGAACAGAGUGAAGGAAAUCCUCAUCAAAGCCAAGAAUGACGCAAACUGUGGAGAGUUCAGAGUCGAGGUAAUCUUCAUCUCAGGAGCCAGUGGAACCACAGUGGACAGAGUACGACUGGUCGGCUACAGUGAAAAUGUGAACAAGCUGAAAGAGGUUCUGCAUGACUACCAUAUGAAUCAGGUCGGAACACAGGAAGUGCUGGACCUACUGUGUCCUGAAAUGGUCAACGACUUUGAUCAAAUCUUGAGCUUGAUUGGCUUCAAGCAAACGAAAGUGACAUUACAACCCAGACAUUUUCCAACUCCUUGCGUGCUCAUUUCUGGUCCCCGUUGUCACGUCCUGGAGGCCAAGCAGGCCUUAGUCUCAGCUGUAGACAGUCUGACGUCAGACACACUGGUUCUAGACGGGCCAGGGGCUCAGCAAUUCUUCCAGGAAGGAGGCAAAGUGAGCAAGAACCUACUAGAGAGCUCCUGUCAGGUCCUUAUCAGGGAACAAAAAACUGUGUUUUCUCCAGAUGUAGAAACCAAAACACAAAGCAUCAGCAACGCCAGCCACAGUGUCACACACAGACCUUCAGUUGUCAGAAGGGACAGCCACACGGUUGGGAGUUUUGCAGUCAACAAAGCAAGCCUGGAGAUCAAGCUUGGCAGUUUGGAGGAUGAGCAGGUGAAUGUGCUGGUGGUUCCCAUGCUCAACAAACAGCUGACUUCUACUAAAAUUGGUAAAGGUCUGCUGAAAAAAGCAGGAAACAGAAUCCAGUUAAAUUUUAACUCGGUGGCAGCAAAUUGCACCCUCAGCCCUGGAGAUGUUCUGCAGGUGGAUGGGCAUCCAUCUCUUGGAUGCUCCAAGAUCUUCUUCAUUGAGUGCAUGCCUUGGGAUGGAGCCAGAGGGCAGAGUGUGCAGGCACUUAAUAAGGGGCUGAAGAGCUGCUUGGACCUCUGUGUACAGCAGGGUAUGAGUUCAGUUGCGUUUCCAGUUAUCGGACCUGGAAUUAUAUUCAAAUACCCUCUGACAGAAGCCAUUGAAAUUCUGACUGGGAACAUUCACCAGUUUGGAUUAUCUGCAUCCUGUGGUUCUCUCACCACCAUCCGUGUUGUCAUUAAACCAGGCUAUCCUGACUCUGAGGAGUGCUACCAUGAUGUCCACAGACACCUCAGCCUAAAUAUGAGCCAGGGAGGCCAAGUAAUCUUCAAGUCCCUCACCAGUGACCUCGACGACAUCACCAUGACAGCGGGAGGUGGGGUUAAACUACAGGUGGUGUUUGGUGACAUCACUAAUGAGACUACAGAUGCCAUCGUGAACACGACCGACUUUGUUCAUUUCGAGGACGAUGGUGUGUGCAAAGACAUCUUGACCGUAGCUGGACCAGAGGUGAAGGCUAAACUGAAAGCAGCAAAAGUGAACCAGGGAGAGGUUUUUGUAACCCAGUCUGGAUCAUUCCCUUGCAAAGCCAUUUUACAUGUGUGUGGGGAAAAGGAUGCACGCACCAUUGAGCAACUGGUGUGUCGCAUCAUUCAACUUUGCGAAUCCUCUGGAUAUAAGUCUGUGGCCAUUCCUGCCAUCUGUACUGGAGUUGGAGGGAUGGACCACAGUGUCGUGGCAGAUGCCAUACUCAAAGGAGUCAAAACUGCCACAUCGUCCACUCCCCUCCGCUGUCUCACUGAUAUCCACCUCAUUCUGUUUACAAUCAGUGCCUUCUUGGAGUUCAAAGCGAAAGCAAUGAAGGUGUUCUCCAUUAGUGUGAUCAACAGAGUGCCAGUGCCUCAGAGGCCUCAUGUACAACAACAGGAGCCACUGCAGUCUGUGAACACAGACCUAAGUAUCCUCUAUACCAGCUCAGCGAAUCGGCAGUCUGUCUUCAUGGUCCUGGGCCUUUGCAGAGACGAUGUCAGCGAAGCCAUGACAAAGCUGAAAGCUCUCUAUCAGGCUCAGUGCUCAACACAGACCUUCACAAAGGAGCAACUGGAAUGCCUCACCCAGGACAACAUUAAGGAUCUGAAGAAGCUGGUGGAGACCAAGGGUCUGCUUGUGCAGAGGGACCAGUCUGACCAGGGCAGCUUAAUCGUGAGCGGAUUAAAAGAUGGAGUCAACCAGGUGAUGCAGAUGAUGACUGCGUGUCUGCACGGCAGCCUCAGGAGAGAGGUGAGAGAAAGGGAGGAGGAUGAUUUGUACAGUCGUGUGGCUUGGUGUAUCCUGGGACCUAAUGGCAACUGGGAGAGACUCCCCAAAACAGCCAAUUACAACCUGGAGACCAAGAACGUAGCAGGAGGGAUAGUGGAUGCACAGACCAUUGAGUGGAGCGUGGAUUUAGGGAGAAUGGAGGCCACAAGACGAGGAACCGGACAGAAGACAAUGCUGAAACAACUUGUGAAUCGGCCAGACUUCACUCUCCCCCUGCACUGGGACAACAUGGCUCCUGGGGAGACUAUGAAGGUGGUUGCGCUGCAGCCUUCCUCUGCAGAGUACCGGACAAUUAAGCAGGCCUUCAAACAAACUGUCUCCAAGACUGUAGUAAAGAUCGAGCGUUUACAGAAUGUUCAUCUGCAUCAGGCAUAUGAGGCGCAGAAGAAGCACAUUUCUGAUAAGAACGUACAAGAGGGCGGCGCAGGUGAAAAGCUUCUGUACCACGGGACGACCCAGGACAACUGUGACUCCAUCAUGAAAACUGGAUUCAACAGGAGCUUUGCUGGACAAAAUGCGACGGCAUAUGGUCAGGGAACCUACUUUGCCGUAAACGCCAGCUACUCAGCCAAACCGACCUACUCCAAGCCAGCUGCUGAUGGUUCUCAGUUAAUGUUUGUGGCUCGAGUCCUGACUGGCGCCUACACUGUGGGCAACAGCACCAUGAAGGUGCCACCGCUUCGCAACAGCCAGCAGCAACAUGACCGCUAUGACAGCUUGGUGGAUAAAAUUGACAACCCCAAAAUGUAUGUUGUGUUCCACGAUAACCAGGCGUACCCAGACUACCUCAUCACCUUCAAGUGACAGAGAAGGAAAGUUUCUGUAUUUUCACUUGCGCAAGUUUACAAGUGAGGGAAAAAAAAGAAAGAUUUAAGAAUAAGGUAAAAGAUAUGUAUUCAGGUAUGUUUGCUUAGAGUUAUAGUUAAAUGUUAAACUGAGCGUAAGAAAAGUCAGAAAUGAAAUACAUGAGG